CCUGUUGGCCGUUCAUGGAGAGCAAGCAGGAAAUAUCACCUUUACAUUCCACAGAACUGCUUUUACUUUGAUAGACAUCCUCAUCCUCGCAGCAGUCCUGCCAAGGAAACCUGAGAGACAAGUCUUAUGCUUUAAACACAAGCGGAAUCAGAUGUGAUUUAUACACACCGUUUAUUUUAUGAUGACUUCGAUUUCAUUUUAAUCUGAAACUGAUCCUCAUCGUAAGCACAAGGUAAAUAAAGAAAGCUUGUGGCGAUGCAAAAAAGAAAAAGCCUGAAAAUAUAAAUUUUUUUCUUCAUGUAAUUGGAAUAGACAAUGGGGACCUUAAUUCUACUUCUCCAAGCAUUUCUACUUCUCUUUGGUUUUGUCUUCUCUGAAUCAUCUGAGUCUCUGCAAUGCUUUAACGAUUACGACACCGAGCUGAAGUGCAGUUUGACCCCGGCUGAAUCCGAGAUCUGUUCUGAAUACACACUCAAAGCCUUAAUUGAAACCCACCACAGAUUUUUCCAUUUUGAAAAAACCCGUCUCGGUACAUGCGAAUGUAGAAUCGAUGUACCAGGGUUCGUCAUUGGCGAGGAUCUGAAAAUUUACCUGUGGAAAGAAGGCAAAAUUUGGCGACUACUAACGAUCAAUACUGGAAAUAGCAUCAAGCCCAGAAGACCGAUCAUCACAUCAGUCGUUCAGAAGGCAAACCAAAACAUUUUAGUUACCGUGAACACCACCUACACAAAACAACCCUUUGCAGACUCUUUGAUGGUGGAGCUAAAUUACAAGAUUGAUGGAAGCGAUGAAAAAGAGACAACACUAUUACAGAAAGGUUCCACUGUACAUGAGAUUCUUGUCAGAAACCUUCAACCAAAUUCCAGAUAUGUUCUGAGAGCGAGAGUGAAAUCGAGCUACCCUUUAAAUCAUACGUUCAGCGACUACAGUGAACCGAUUAAGUUCCAAACACAGUCUCUGCAAUGCUUUAACGAUUAUGACACCGAGCUGAAGUGCAGUUUGACCCCGGCUGUAUCUGAGAUCUGUUCUGAAUACACACUCAAAGCCUUAAUAGAAACCCACCACAGGUUAGUUCGAUUUUGCCAUUUUGAAGAAACCCAUCUCGGUACAUGCGAAUGUAGAAUCGAUUUCCCGGGGUUCAUCAUUGGCGAGGAUCUUAAAAUAAACCUGUCGAAAGGAGACAAUGUUUGGUGGCCAAUAAUGAUCAGUACUGGAAAUAGCAUCAAGCCCAGAAGACCGAUCAUCACAUCAGUCGUUCAGAAGGCAAACCAAAACAUUUUAGUUACCGUGAACACCACCUACACAAAACAACCCUUUGCAGACUCUUUGAUGGUGGAGCUAAAUUACAAGAUUGAUGGAAGCGAUGAAAAAGAGACAACACUAUUACAGAAAGGUUCCACUGUACAUGAGAUUCUUGUCAGAAACCUUCAACCAAAUUCCAGAUAUGUUCUGAGAGCGAGAGUGAAAUCGAGCUACCCUUUAAAUCAUACGUUCAGCGACUACAGUGAACCGAUUAAGUUCCAAACACAGUCUCUGCAAUGCUUUAACGAUUAUGACACCGAGCUGAAGUGCAGUUUGACCCCGGCUGUAUCUGAGAUCUGUUCUGAAUACACACUCAAAGCCUUAAUAGAAACCCACCACAGGUUAGUUCGAUUUUGCCAUUUUGAAGAAACCCAUCUCGGUACAUGCGAAUGUAGAAUCGAUUUCCCGGGGUUCAUCAUUGGCGAGGAUCUUAAAAUAAACCUGUCGAAAGGAGACAAUGUUUGGUGGCCAAUAAUGAUCAGUACUGGAAAUAGCAUCAAGCCCAGAAGACCGAUCAUCACAUCAGUCGUUCAGAAGGCAAACCGAAACAUUUUAAUUGAGGUGAACACCACCUACACAAAACAACCCUUUUCAGACUACUUGAUGGUGGAGCUAAAUUACAAGAUUGAUGGAAGCGAUGAAAAAGAGACAACACUAUUACAGAAAGGUUCCACUGUACAUGAGAUUCUUGGCAGGAACCUUCAACCAAAUUCCAGAUAUGUUCUAAGAGCGAGAGUGAAAUCGAGCUACCCUUUAAAUAAUACGUUCAGCGACUACAGUGAACCGAUUAAGUUCCAAACACCAAUAUCAUUACAAAACACCCUCAAGAUAAUAAUCCCCAUUUUAUGUAUCAUUCUGAUCAUUUGUAUAUCCUCCAUCUACUUCUGGUUUUACAGAGUGCUAAAACCAUGGUGGGAUGAGAUUCCUACUCCCAAAUUUACGACAAAUUUUGUAAAACAGGUCCCACAGCUUCUGUCAAUUCAAUCCGAGUUUUCAUCUGUCAAUCCUGAUUCCACAGCAAACCACAUCAACAAGAAAAUAUGCCUGGAAUCUUGUGAAGUCCAGGAUCAAGACCGUCACUAUGGUCUCAUUCUGAAGAAAGACGUCGAUUCGGCACCACUGAUUUACUCCACGACGUGCUACGAGAGCGUCAAUGAGAACAGCUCUGAAAAGGUUCAGUUGGAACAUGAGAAGGAUCAUGGAGCUUUAAUUAUUGAACAAGCAUUCGAAAAUAAGUACUAUUGGCAAUCCAGCUCCAGUGGCAUGUCCAAGCCAGCUGUAAGCAAUGAGUUUACAAACGUUCUGAGUGAGAACUUCCUGGUGUCGUCUAAGAACCUGGACCCUAAAAUAUAUACGGAUGUUAAUUACUGUGUGUGGGACGGUUGUACAGACUCGGGAACCUCCAAAAUGGUUAACAUCAUGCCCACUAACGAGAAGAUGGAUGUAGUUUUUGGAUAUCCAAGCAUUUCUUGGAGCAAUCCGAUCAUCGACGAGCCAUUUAGCGGCAAGAAACUACAAGAUGUUACUAUUUGCAGCCAUGAUAGAAUCGUAAUGCCGGCAGACGAAGAGUAUCAAGCUUUUUAAAGUAUUGCUUGAAAAACUUUGAUAGAAUUCAUUAGAACAUCUCUCAGGGAAAUAUUACAGCAGAUAGCGUGGCAUUUUGCAUAUUGUUCCAGGCAUUCAAAUGGACUCAGGGUUUGAUGUGAUGGCUCACGGUGGAACGGUUUGAAGUAUAUUAAUCGCUACAUGUCACAUUUCUUGGUAUAUUUGACUGCAUUCAUAUUUUAAUCAAGAUUGUUGAAGUACUUUACACGGACCAUGAAGAUGGACAUCACAAAAAGGGAAAAUUAUAAUUCCAUCCUCAGGUAGAAUGUUCUGGAUGUCAAAGAUAUUGUACUUGAAUUUAACUGCUUAAAUACCAGAAAAGAAAAACAACAAUCCACCCAUGUCCCAAAUACUCUACAUGUGCUAUUUUAUAUUGCAUUGAGUUACAAAAAACAGAUGAAUGUUGGAAAUGCUGUGGUAAAUGUCAGUGUCAUAGAGCUGAAAUGUUUAUUUUUUUACAUUAAAAGUUCAAUUGUG